GUGUUGGAACACCAGUUAAAUUAUAGUUAACUAGGUAUCUUGGUUGGUUAAACUAUUUUUGGUCAAUGCCUGUAUUUGUGUACGGAAAUUACGCAUGUUCAUCAUUUUUUGUUGCAUUUUUUAUUUUGCUUGUAUAAAUCUGCAUUUUUUUUGUUUGUUUACAUAAUGAAUCCAGUGCAUAUGCAUUACCCAACGUCAGCGGCAUCUCUGAGGAUGUGAUUGUACGAGAUUGGCUACUUUUUGAAGGCUCUGUACAACUCGCUUUGCCACUAGAACACACAGCGACAGGGGGCGUCCGACUUGUUGCUAAGAUACAGUCUGUGGGGAGGCAGCCAGAGUGAUGAAGGGAGGAGAUUAUGGAUGAUAUUUCACCAGCGCUAUUUGUUUGCCGUUAUGUUGGGGAUUAUAAAAACUUGAUUUCACUUAUUUCCUUUAAAUCUAGUUUGUGAAACCGCAUGCUGCACUCAGUUCGUUGCAUUGCAGGUGUGCGCUGUGAUCUUCAGUUGCUAAUUUACUAUAAUAAAUGGUUUUGGAGCUGGCAGCGCCCGCAAGUGCAGGCCCUUUGCUUCAGCGCUCCAUCCCGCAUAUCGAGCGUGUUUUCCGGGUUAGGGUCAGCUACUGCUCCGCUGAGUCAAACUGCGACAGCGCUAAUGGAAGCAACCCAAGCAACAGUACCUCUGUAAUCAUCCAGGACGGCAACGAAGAUGACUGCGCUAAGGCUAAAGAGUACAUAGUGUCCCUGAUUGCUCCUGCACACUGCCGUCGAGUGCGCUUGACUCUUUCUCUGCACCGGAGGCUGCAGACUCUGCACUCGGCCAUCGAGUAUGAGACUGGUGCCGUGCUGACGCUCAGGGAACAUGCUGUGGUGUUGCAGGGAGGAGAGGCUCAGGUGACCGCCGCGUGGGCCAUGCUGCAGCGGCCCAAGAUGGAGCCACGAGCACCACGCCGGGAGCCGCUGCCACCACCGACUGCCGCCACCACCGCCGCAGAUUCUGAGGAGGAGGAGGAGGACGAGGAAGGGGAGGGUGAGGAGGAGGAGGAGGAGGAAGAAGAAGAAGAAGAAGAAGAAGAAGAAGAAGAGGAGGGGAGCAGCUCGGAGAGCGAGUCGGAGCAGCAGACCGAGGCCGGUGAGGGAGGGGGAACAGGAGCAGCAGCAGGAGGAGGGUGGGGAGGAGGAGGUGGUGGUGGUGGUGGUGGGAGCCGGAGGAGAGAGCCGCUGAUGGCCAAGCCCCACCGGCAACUGUGCCGAUCGCCCUGCCUGGACCGGCCCAGCUUCAGCCAGAGCAGCACCCUGCAGGAGCUGAGGGCCGAGGAGAGCCGGGGCCCCGGAGUCCCUGCACGGCAGGCCAGCGAACGCGACUGGCAGUCCAAGAUGGACUUUGCACUCAAACUGGGAUACUCGGGCGAGCAGGUGGAGUCAGUGCUCAGCAAACUGGGGUCCGGGGCGCUCAUCAACGACGUGCUUGCUGAACUGGUCCGACUAGGCAACAAGGGUGAGCUGGAGGCCCAGAGUGUGUUGGGUCCAGCCACGCUAGCCCCCCGCGGCCCCGGCGUGAAAGAGGCGGUCAGCCCUGAGGUCUCACUGGAGGAGGAGUCUGUGGAGAGCUGCGACAACCUGAGACCAAUCGUCAUCGACGGCUCCAACGUAGCCAUGAGCCAUGGAAACAAAGAGGUUUUUUCCUGCAUGGGGAUUCAGCUGGCAGUGGAUUGGUUCCUGGAGAAAGGCCACAAAGACAUCACAGUAUUUGUGCCUGCCUGGAGGAAAGAGCAGUCCAGACCCGAUGCACCCAUCACAGAUCAGGAGAUUUUACGGAAGCUGGAGAAGGAGAAGAUCCUGGUGUUCACCCCCUCCCGCCGUGUUCAGGGACGCCGUGUGGUGUGCUAUGACGACCGAUUCAUCGUCAAGCUCGCCUGCGACUCUGACGGCAUCAUCGUCUCCAACGACAACUACCGCGACCUUCAGAAUGAGAAGCCCGAGUGGAAGAAGUUCAUCGAGGAGCGCCUCCUCAUGUACUCCUUUGUCAAUGACAAGUUUAUGCCUCCAGAUGAUCCUCUAGGAAGACACGGCCCCAGUUUAGAGAACUUCCUGCGCAAGCGUCCAGUGGUGCCUGAGCACAAGAAGCAGCCUUGUCCUUAUGGAAAGAAAUGCACCUAUGGUCACAAGUGCAAGUACUACCACCCUGAACGGGCCAAUCAGUCGCAGCGGUCCGUGGCCGAUGAGCUCCGUGCCUUUGCCAAGCUCUCGGCGGUGAAGACUAUGAGUGAGGGUGCUUUGGUCAAGUGUGGCACCACCGGGGGCUCCGCCUCUAAGGGUGACUUCAGCUCCGAGGCCAAACGCGUGGCACCCAAGCGCCAGUCCGACCCCAGCAUCCGCUCACCGGCAUGUGAACCAGAGGAACGUCUUUGCCAGGCCAGGAAAGCCGAGGCCAGUUCUGUGCCGUCGCUGGUGACUGCGCUCAGUGUACCCACUAUGCCCCCGCCAAAGAGCCACGCUGCCGGCGCCCUGAACACCCGCUCUGCCAGCAGCCCCGUGCCAGGCUCCAUGCACUUCACCCACAGCCUGCUGGAGCACGCCGGCAGCGUCCAGUACCCCCCCAUCCUGGUCACCAACAGCCACGGUGCCUCGGUGGCCUACGGAGAGCCCUUCCCCAAGUACGACUCGGUAAGCGACCAUGGCUACUACUCCAUGCUCAGCGACUUCUCCACCAUCAGCCUGGGCAGCAUGCAGGGCCUGGACAGCUUCUGCAGCCUGGAGCAGCCGGAGCCCGGACCAGGUGCCUACCCCAGCCGCCCCCCCAGCCUGUGCCCCGAGCCCUGCCGCAGCCACUCCUCCGAAUCCUUCUCCUCCUACGGGGACCCGUACCUCAGCUCCAUGGAGGGCUCCAUGGAUGACGGCGGCAUGAAGGGGCAGGCCCAGACCCAGUCCCCCUCACAGACUCGCCUGCAGGCCUUUGCGCACGGGUUCCACCACGACGGGCUAACACGCGUGCAAAGCUAUGGCUCCGACGAGCCCAAGCCGGGUCCCCGCAAGCAGACCUCUGCCCACCUGGUGCCCCACGUCCAGCACACGGUGGUGGGUGCCCGCUCCAGCUGCCCAGGAGACUACCCGCAGCUCCCGCAGAACGUUCUGCCGCCGUCGGGGCUGAGGCGGCAGGGUCGCUCGCUGGGCAUGACGCGCAUGGACAGCAUCUCCGACUCGCGGCUGUACGAGAGCCACCCGCAGCGCCAGCGUCGGCCGCCGCUCUGCCGCGAGCAGCACGCCAGCUGGGACCCGCUGCCCUGCGCCAACGAGCAGCCCUACAGCUAUGGCGGCUACGGCCUGGCCGGCGGCCUCAUGCCCUGCUGCGAGCGCGUUAUGGUGCGCAGCAUGCCCGAUAAGAUGGAGCAGAUCUGGAGGUCUCCUUGGGACACCCCUCCGCCGCAGUCCCAUGGCGGCCACAGCGGACACCAGUUGGACCAACAGGACCGCCACCCAAUCCCCGAGCACCUUUACCAAACCUAUCGCAACCUCUGCAACAUCUUCCCAGCCUACGUGGUCCACUCGGUCAUGGAGAAAAACCCGCACCUCACUGACCCCCAGCAGCUGGCGGCGCUCAUAGUCACCAAACUGCGCCACUGAGAGUUGGCGUCCUCGCCGCGACUGCCCACACCUGUGGGGGUCAGGGAGAUGGGAUUGACCGAAGAGAUUUGCAAAAUAGAAAAAAAGGAAUCUGGUUUUGUAUGAAAUGUCUACAGUCGGUAUAUAUUUCAAUACGCUGCCCGUCUUUCGCACCGUCUUGAAUCUGGACUGGAAACUCUGUUUGCUCCGGGGUUAUGGUGCCGGAGGCACAACAGAUCAGUAAUCCUGUGGAAUAUUGUAAUUGUCGUAUUUUGUAUUUAUUCCAAUGAGUAUUUUUGAGUAUUACCGUGCAUGCCCAGCAUUUUUGCAUUAGUGCCACAAUCAUCUAUAUAAAUUAAGACUAGCUACAAAAGCUCAUUUUUCUGAGCUUACAGGCCAAUUUAUUGUCUUGUUAGACACAGAUGUAAUCUUGAUCUAUUUUUGAUGUCUGAAAUGAAACUGCAAGCAGAGAGGUUGUUUUUGCACGUUUUGCAAACCGUGUUGAUUUCUACACCAGUUCUGCAACAGUGUAGAUUUCUGCCUUACAGCUCGGACAAGGCCACGUCUGAACCUUUCUUGGUUUAGCUGAUGGGCAGCGGAUGAGGUGUGAUGUUUGGGAAGUGCCCCAUCAAUCCGUCAGUAUCUUCUAGCUGCGUUUGGUCAGUGAGGCACCUUUGACUUUAUUGGAGGACACUGAAGUUUAUGUCCUAGUGCAUUCUUUUAUAUCAAGCUAGUCCGAAUGGUAACAGGUUAAUAGGAAACGUGCGUUUGUCCCGGCUUAUUGAGAUUACAUGGCAAGAGGGCAAGCAGCUAUUGAGUGAAAAUGGCAUGCAAUUUUAGGAACUGUUGUUCAUGUAAGGAAUGAUUUGUAGAUCACCAGUAUGAUAUGCACCAAGUGUAGAGCACCAUUAUUCUUUUUUUAAGCAAUGAGCUGCGAGGACUUACCGGACCUCACAAAACACGAACAUCAGCAUACAUAUUGAGGACAUAAGUGUUCCUUGCAGUUUGCCACGCUGUGGUCCGCAUCAAUACAAAUUCCACAGCAGAACCCAGAGUAAAACAGCUAGCUCAUCUGUAAGGGAACGCUUAAUCAAGCCUGCGCACAAAUCUACGCGCCAGUUAGAUAGACAUUAAAUGGUGCAAGUGACGCUGUUGCUCUGGUGGACUGGAUGAGUUUAUUCCUUGAGAUUGGUGGUUGAGGUGAGGGUGUGCGUUGUGGUAGUGCGCCCAUGUGGCCUGUGGUUGUGUGGACCUCUCAGCCCCACGGUUUGAAGAAAAGAGGAGUAUUGGCAUGAACACUGUUGUUUCUUUUCAAACACUAAGGUAGAGGUCGAUCAAACCGGGAGGAAGUCUAUGAAGUGUUUGUUUGAUGUUGAAUCAUGGCGCAUGUACUAAAUAUAAAUGACUAUAAGGGUGAAAUAAUGAUAACUCGCAUAACGUGCUGGACGUGCUCUAGUGCAGAGAAUUUAUUGAACACAAAUGAGGAAGCAAUGACUGAAUAAUGUGUAUAUGCGAAGUCACUCUGCAUCUUUGCAAGUACGUUAUGACUGAGAACCUUUCGUGCAAAUAAUUUGAAGUCAGGACAGGAAUGUGGACGUACCUCAGAGCAUGACAUGGGAACUCUAUUGCCUUAUCAGGGAAUGACCUCUCCCAUGACCUUUGUGUGUUUUAGAGAGGUUUCCUUGUGUGUAAUGUACAUGUGUACAAUGUACUUGAUACGUAGAUAAGUAUUUAAAGUUUUAUUGUUUUUCCCAAGAUCAUCAGUCAGAUUUUACCUUUUAUUUUUGGUAGAAUUUGGGUGCGUUGAGACGCGAAAGCCAAAUGAGCCAGUGCAUAAUUUGGUCUCAACAAAGGCGCAAAACACACACAGAAACAAAGAAACACUGGCAUGCUGACUUAGACACAUUAGAAUGCUUCAUUAUUCACAUGUUGACAUGCAAAGACAUGCACGUACUUCAACUCAAACACAUUAAGCCAUUUUGAAAGACAAUUGUAAGCUGCUGAAGCGAUGCCAAAAACAAAACCAUGUAAUCAAGAGUGUUGGUGUGAAGUUUGUUUGUUUGUUUGUUUGUUUUACACCAACCAUGGGGUUAGGUUGUUGGACAUCACAGCUAUGGUGUAGAAACGCAACUCCUGUGUACAGUGUAGCCAACUGCUAUUCUGAUACCAUUACCAUCCUGUAGGUCCAGCUUGUGGCCAUGCGAGUGGCCAUGUGUCGAGGGCAGUGGUGGGAGAGUUUGUGUGCUGUUAGGACACAGACUAUCCACUGCGGUUUGUCCUGUAUGCAGAAGAGCCCUCAGGGUCUGGCUGUGGAGUGGUUUGAUAUGGUCAGUGUGAGGAGUUGUCUGUUUGAAGUCAAAGGGGGAGGAAUGAGAGCGUCUCGUCGGCAAAGAGCUCGCGAAAAAAAGCAACUCUUUCCUUAUUGAUGCUGAGGGACGAGCUCUCGUCUUCCUGCCCCCCCCCCCCAUAAUGACACCUGCUUGGACUCUUCUUGAAUGUUCUCGGUCCAGAGGAACUUCUGGACGUCGCUGACUUUGGUGUCUGUCUUUCUUUCUCUUUCUUUCCUCCUUUCUGUUUUUUUUUCUUUCUUUCUUUCUUUUUUUCAUGAGCGUUAGUGGUGGCCACUUUGCGUCCUCCGCUGUCACCUCAUGAGAAGGUGUGACACUGUCUACCUGUUUCUCCCUGUGAGACACACACACACACACACACACACACACACACACACACACACACACUCGGGACGAGAAACUGUCGUUGUUUCGGACAUUUGGCUUACCGUCGGCUUGCUGCGCCCCCACCCUUCCUCCCUGCCCCAUGCCCAAAUAAACCCACAACUUUUCCACUUUCACUGUGUACAGAAAGUCCUUCCCUGAGCACGUGUGAAGGAAAGACUUCACCCUCGGCGUCAGUCCUCGGCGUGAAGGCGUGGAUUUGGUCACGCUGCUUGACCUGUCACCUGCGGCACAUCCGGACCAAGGUUUCAGAGAUCCUUUCAUCCCAAAUGAAAAUAUAUGUGAUUGCGUGCAUCAUAACUUGUGAUUGUGGGAUUGGGUAUACCUGCCUGUGCAUUGAUUGGUGUUUUAUUUACAGCUUUGACUGAAAACAGUUAUUAUUUACUCAAAUUUGAUUUUCUGUUUUUUUUUUUUUUUUUAAGUGGUCAUUUUGUUGCGUGUUCACUAUUUGGCACCUGUGAUAUGAAUGAACAUAGGUCAUGGUGUAUACCCCUAACCAACUCCAUUUCCUUUUCCCAACACUGCAGCAAGCUACCAAGCCUUAAAUGUCUUGAAAUGACCUUUGUUUGUUGAUACAAAUUGUAUCUAUUUCUUGAUUGUAAAAAUAUUUAUGAAAUGUACAGUAUCACCAAUAUAUAUAGUUAUAUAUAUAUAGAUAUAUAUAAAAUCCUAGUUUUAUUUAAAAGAUAGAGAAAAGAAAACAUAAUGCCAUAAUAUUAGUGACACUGUGUGUUACUAAGAGUAGCCCACGGGACCUGCGCUCCCAUACUGGGCACAGACACCUACAAACAAGGACUCACUAACCCUCUUCUUUUCUCUAAUGGAACUCACUCCAGCUCUCUCUCCUGCACUCGCUCUUGCUCUGUGUUGAUAUGGAUCUGCUCACAGGUUUGCUGUGUGCGUACUUUUCAUCUCUGUAAAUAUAGAGAAUUGAAGUGGAGCUACUUUCAGAUAUAUAGAACUGACACAUUUAUCCAGACUCGCGUAACCACAGAGUGAAGCCAGCCCAGGGGUUGGCAUUGAAACGAUGUUUAAAAACAUUUACUGAUUUAGUUUCACCCCCUAACGGUCUCGGGUUCAAAUGAUUUUUGACUGUAGAUGUAUCUUAGCUAUAUACAGUAUUAUUCUUGCUCUAUGUCUUGAACACGCCCACACACACACACACACACACACAUUUGCGUGCACACACACGCACUCACUUACACACACAUAUACACACACACACCAGAUGCUGCAGCAUGCUCAUAGCAAUGGUGAUGCGGAAUGAGUUUCCAUGACGAUCGGUGAGGCAUUUUCAAGGCAAGAGGGGGAAAAAAAAGAAAAUCUGAAUGAAUUUCGGAUUCUCCUCAGUCUGAUUGCUCAUGAAGAGGCCAGGCCCUGGGCAUACAGAACACUGAAGGAAAUAUACGAAUCAAAUAAAGAUGUAUAUCCGGGGUGUGUUUUUUUGUUUUGCCUCACAAACCUGGCUUUUAAGCUUACAGCCUUACUGACUUUAUGAUAGUGUGUUGCAAGUGCACGUCUUGUCAAAGACAAGAAUCCUUCAGGUUGCCACUCUGAAGUAGAUUGUUACAGAAUCAUCUCUGUGGUGGUGAAACAUCUGUGAUGUUUUAUAUCUGCAAGGAGCCGCAGCAGCAGUCUGAUUUAUUUCCUGGUUCAUGACAACUAGAGAAAGGAAGCUUCUGGAAUUCGGUUUUGGUUGCCCUGUAUAGGCUUCCUGUUGAGAAGAAAACUUGGAAUCCGGGUUUUUGCUCUGAUCUGAAGAAUAUUUAAAAGGAAAGGUAACAAACCAGCGGACAUAUCCAAACCCCACCCCAAGCUAUCCUCAGGAACUAUGAGAUUUAUUACUAAUGGAUAACCGUCAAAAACAAUAUUCUUGAUGUUUGCUAUUAAUUAAAUGAUAAUUACGCUUUAAGAAAGUCCAAUUUGUGAAAUAGUGCAGAUCUCUUGUGUCCUAAAAGUUAAGUUGAGCUGUGUUGUAUCGUGGUUUUUGCACCGUUAAAAGGGUUAUCAGAGUGAGUUUUGACCACUUCAGUCUUGUGUUGUGACAUGCAGUAGUAGUUUGUUUUAUUCUUUGUUGAAUGAAACACAUUUGCUUUGAAGUUGUUUUAAAAUGACAAAACGUUAACCAAAAAAACAACUUUAUUAAAAACUCUUUGGGUCUUCAGACUCAAACAAAAUGUAAGUCUUAAUGACAAAAUGUGUUUGUUUCCUGAAAUAAAGCCAAACUAUUGGUUAUGUGAUUUCGUUGUAUUAUUCACUCAUUUCAUGUAUCAUAGCCUGAACCAAAAGUCUAUUCUGUAAUUGGGGUGAUUUCCAGUGCCAAACUAACCACUCUGAAAUUGGAGCCUUUCACUGCCAGCCUCUCUGUCGACGUCUGAUCAUACAAACCCUCCACAUUGUUUAAGGAGUAAUGUUUAAGUAAAUAGGCCUUCAAGUUCAUGUAUUUCAGGCAACAUUUCACAUGACAUACAUUCUGUAUUGUAGGCUGUCAUUUAUAAUGUUGCCUGGGUCUAUAGAUUCAAUUGAUACUAACGCAUAUCUAUAAAAAAAUGGCGCAUUUGCAGUUAACCUGCUUCUUAAUGGGCAUUGUCCCUGCAAACUAGUAAAUUCAUACAUACAGAGAUAUUCUUGGAAGGCCAUUCACAUGUUGCUCCAGAGCAGAUGUUUUGACACCAUGCAGCUGUGUAUAGCUAUAUGAUCUAAUUUGUAUUAUUUGAUAGCAUGAGACACUUACAAUUACCAGUACAUUUGUGCACUGAGAGCUCUGUUGAGUAACAAAAGUGCACAGUAAAUAGUCUAUUGACCAUUUAUAUUUCCCUGCAACCAUAGGGAUAUGGAGUGUGAACAAAGCAGAAAGAUUUGUACUAGUGUUACAAAGAAACUGCCUCUGCAUAACUGCUGGUAUCAGUGAUUACUAAAUUGUUACAUUCAAGUCGGUAACAUUUUGUGUUGUGCUGUUUUGUAUAUUGUCAUUUUCAUGGCUGUUUUUCUCUUGAAGGAAACAUAACAGCAGUUGGCCACAUCAUAUCGUAACCCAUGUGAUUACGUGGAUGAUAACACUUCGCCUUA